UUGGGCGUGUGAGUUUGUUUGGGUUUUCCAUGUGACAAACACUUAUUCAUUCGGUUAAGUGAGUAUUUUGGAAUAUUUUGAGGUGGAGUCGCUGUAGUUAUGGGUAAAAAAGGAAAGAAAGAAAAGAAGGUGAAAGGAGCGGAGAAAACUGCCGCCAAAAUGGAGAAAAAGGUUUCAAAGAGAUCCAAACGAGAGGAGGAGGAUUUGGAAGCUCUAAUCGCUGAGUUUCAGAAUCUGGAUGCAAAGAAAACCCAAGUUGUGGAGACGACGUGUCCUCCUCCAUCACCGAGACUCAAUGCGUCUCUUAAUUCUCAUCCUGAGAAAGAUGAACUCAUCCUUUUUGGAGGAGAAUACUUCAAUGGAAAGAAGACGUACCUGUACAAUGAUCUGUACUUCUACAACAUCAAAAAGAACACCUGGGUUAAAUCUGACAUCCCCAACCCUCCUCCUCCACGCUGCUCCCACCAGGCGGUGGUGGUUCCUCAGGGUGGGGGUCAGCUCUGGGUGUUCGGGGGAGAGUUUGCUUCUCCAAAUGGGGAGCAGUUUUAUCACUACAAGGACCUGUGGGUGCUGCACCUGGCCACGCACACCUGGGAACACAUCAAGGUGUCCGGGGGUCCGUCAGGUCGCAGCGGCCACAGGAUGGUCCUCAGUAAGAGACAACUGCUGGUGUUUGGAGGUUUUCACGAAAGCACCAGGGAUUUCAUCUACUACAAUGACAUCUACGCUUUCUCCUUGGACACCUUUACCUGGUCCCGCCUCUCCCCGACAGGCUCCGCCCCCUGCCCUCGCUCUGCCUGUCAGAUGACCUCCACACCUGACGGCUCGGGCGUCAUCAUCUACGGAGGAUAUUCCAAAGUGAGAGUCAAGAAGGACGUGGAAAAGGGAACCAUCCAUUCUGACAUGUUUGUCCUGAAGAGAGAGGGCAAAGACGGUCAAGAGAAGUGGUCCUGGUCCCGGCUGAACCCCUCCGGUAACAAACCCAAUCCUCGGUCCGGCUUUUCCAUGGCGGUGGGUCCAGCGGGUCGGGCGGUUCUGUUUGGAGGCGUUUGUGACGAGGAAGAGGAGGAAACACUAGAGGGCGACUUCUACAAUGACCUGUACCUGUAUGACACGGUGAAGAACCGCUGGUUCCCCGGUUUACUCAGGGGCAACAAGACGGAGAAGAAGAAACGACGGAGGGGGAGGAAGGGCGGAGCAGAGGGGGAGGGAGAGGAGGAGAAGGAGGAGGGGGAGGAAGAGGAGGCACCUCAAGGCCCCACCGAGGUCAUCAAGGAGAUCGUCACUGAGGAUGGAACCAUCAUGACCAUCAAGGAGGUGAUCCCUGGAGCUGAAGAGGAAGAAGAUGAAGAAGAAGAGGAGGAGGAGGAUGGUUCGGCCUCCGCCCCCCUGGUGGAGCCCUGUGCCAGAUCCAGCGCCAUGGCAACGGUGCGUCAGGGGAAGCUGUACCUGUACGGAGGGAUGUUUGAGAUCGGCGACCGCCAGUUCACCCUGAACGACUUCUACUGCCUGGACCUCCACAAGAUGGACCGCUGGGAGGUUCUGGUAGAAAUGGACCCAAAGACACAAGAGUGGCUGGAAGAGUCUGAGUCAGAGGACGAAGAGGAGGAGGAGAAGGGAGCACGAGGGGAGGAGGAAGAGGAGGAGGAAGAGGAGGAGGAAGAGGAGGAGGAGGAGGAGUCUGAAGAGGACAGCGAGGGGGAGGAAGAUGAAGACGAGCAUCCCGCAGUGCAGGAGGGGGAGACGGUGACGGAUUACCAGAGCCGGACGCAGCAGUACUGGAUUGGACUGGCGCGCGCCAACAUGGGCCCGGAUGCCAAGGAGAAGAAGGUUGCCAAGGUCGCACAAGCCAUGUCUAAAGUCUUCUAUGAAGACCAGUAGAGGCCGAAACCGCUGGAGCGACUGUGAGUGGGACGUACGAUCAGAAUGAAACGCCUUUGAUACGACAACCUGUAACUGUCAUUUUACUGUAAAUGUGCUGCGAGUGCAAGUCCACUCAAGUUUCAGAACACAAACACAUUUGACUCUUAAAGUGACUCAGAUUCUGCUGGUGUGUGGAGUCGCUUAUACUUGUGUCCAUACUUGUAAAGCUGCAGCCGUCAAUCAUCACAGAAAUGACGCUGUUUCUGUUUCCUGCUGCUACAAAAAAGAGAAGCCAAAAUAACAGGAAUAAGGGAGC